GGUUCUCUUCUCUUCUUCUUCGAUUGAAAAUAUCAAAACUUUCUAUAAUUUGUUGCAAGAAGAAAGGAGAAGAAUCAAUGAAUCCAGAUUCCGAUUACCCUCACCUCCCCAACAUCAAGAUCCACCACCCUUCCUCCCCUCGCCACUCCCACCACCACCACUCCUCCUCCACUCCCUGCGCCGCCACUCCCACCCCCACCGCCGGAGCCCGCCGUAAAAUCGGAGUCGCCGUUGACCUCUCCGAAGAAAGCGCCUUCGCCGUCCGCUGGGCCGUCGAUCACUACAUCCGCCCCGGAGACGCCGUCGUCAUCCUCCACGUCUCCCCCACCUCCGUCCUCUUCGGCGCCGACUGGGGUCCCCUCCCCCUCCAGUCCCCGCCUCCUCCGGGCCACCCCACCCAGGAGGAUUUCGACGCCUUCACGUCCUCGAAAGUCGCCGAUCUCGCGAAGCCCCUGAAGGAGGCGGGGUUCCCUCACAAGAUCCAGAUAGUGAAGGACCACGACAUGAGGGAGAGGCUGUGUUUGGAGAUCGAGAGGCUUGGUCUCAGCGCUGUGAUCAUGGGGAGCAGAGGGUUUGGAGCUGAGAAGAAGAGAGGGAGCGAUGGGAAGCUUGGCUCUGUUAGUGAUUAUUGUGUUCACCACUGUGUUUGUCCUGUUGUUGUCGUGAGGUAUCCUGAUGAUCGUGACGGUCCUGCUGCUCCUGGGGAGGAGGGUGGAGGUACGAGGGAAGCUAUUGUCACUGUGAAGGCGGGGAGGGAUGAUGAUGGCGAGGAUGAUGAAGCGCAUGAGGCUAAGAUUGCUGCUGCUUCCGCUCAUCAUGAACACGUCAAAGAUGAGUAGCGCCUUAGUAUCUCAUUGGAUUCACCCUCUUGCAAGGUUGGAUGGAAACAAAGGUCCCAAGCAGAGUUGUGCAGAGGAGUGUGUGUUGUGUGUUUUGUGCUAUCUUUUGCAAUCAUCAAGUCCCUGGAAUCUCCUCUGAAUUUAUUAUUUCUUCAGUGUCUUUUUUUAUAUAUUAUUGACUCGUAUGUAUGAUUUUCGCAUUAAAACAAUGAAAUUGCUACUAACAUUAAAAAAAAAAAAAUCCUUUUAGGAUUAUAAUCUUCAUAGUUAA